CUCCAACCCUGGGAACGAGAAAUCCGCCCUCCUCAUUGGAGACGCCGGGCUAUUCUUCGCCGCAGCUCCUGCCAGAUGGUUGCGGGGGCCGGUCAGGAGGUAUCGCGCGUGAAUCGUGAUCUUGCUCCCAGACCUGGGGCAGGAUCCCAGUCGACCUUACCCAUAGCUCGUCCGAGAGAGGUGAGGUAUCGGCCUUACUACGCGGGCCAUUGUACUAUGGAGGGAGGCACGACGCAGCGGCCCCAGUACGUACCGCAUAUAAUAUAAUCCCCAAGCAGCCCUCCCCGCAGUUGAUCUUCCUCCUCUCCUGCUCCUUGUCACUUAAAUCUUUGCACUCGCAGCGAGGCAUUCCCCAGCGCGCGACCCAAGAAAGCACAGCUGUGAAUCCACCGUUGCCAAUCCCCUCCAAGAUGUACGUGGUUGGCAAUGUCUAUGCCAUUGCGGCCGUCGCCGUCGUGGGAGGCGCCCUGUUCGGCUUCGAUAUCUCGUCCAUGAGCGCCAUCAUCUCUACAAAGGCGUACCUUUGCUACUUCAACCAGGGCCCUAACUACCUCGAGACUGAUGGCAAGUGCUCUGGACCAACCCCAACCGUGCAAGGUGGCAUCACCGCUUCCAUGCCUGGAGGUUCAUGGCUCGGUGCUCUGAUUUCCGGUUACCUCUCUGAUAUUCUGGGAAGGAAGAAGUCAAUCCAGAUUGGCUGUAUCAUCUGGUGUAUUGGCUCGAUCCUUGUCUGUGCAUCACACAAUAUUGGCAUGCUGAUCGUAGGACGCAUAAUUAACGGGCUUGCUGUUGGAAUCUGCUCUGCACAGGUUCCUGUAUACAUCACAGAGGUCGCACCACCAUCGAAGCGUGGAAGAUUGGUCGGCUGCCAACAAUGGGCAAUCACCUGGGGUAUUCUCAUUAUGUUCUACAUCAGUUAUGGAUGUUCCUACAUCGAUGGCACUGCAGCGUUCCGACUUCCCUGGGGUCUCCAAAUGCUCCCUGCCAUCUUUCUCCUAGGGGCAAUGACCUUCCUUCCGGAAUCUCCCCGGUGGCUUGCGAAACACGACCGCUGGGAGGAAGCUGUGAGUGUGCUUGCUCUGGUUCACGCCGGGGGCGAUGUCAACUCUCCUUUCGUUCACAAAGAGGUGGAAGAGAUUAGAGAAGUGGUUGAGUUCGAGCGAGCCAAUGCCGACGUGACCUAUUGGGAGCUCCUCAAACCCAAUAUGAUCAACCGUACUCAUAUUGGUGUUUUCUGCCAAAUCUGGUCUCAACUCACCGGAAUGAACGUGAUGAUGUAUUAUAUCACUUACAUCUUCACCAUGGCGGGCGUGGGCAGCAAUGUCCUCCUUCCCUCAUCCAUUCAGUUCGUCAUCAACGUGGUCAUGACAGUGCCAGCCUUGUUGUUUGUGGAUAGAUGGGGUCGCCGUCCUACCCUUCUGAUCGGUGCUGCCCUGAUGUUAACCUUCCUUGCCAUCAAUGCUGGCGUUCUCGCAGUCCACGGGAAAAAACCAUACCGGGGCCAAUUCGACAGUUCGGCAGAGUCUAUCUCGAUCACUGGCCCUCCUGCAAAGGCAGUCAUCGCGUGCACCUACCUCUUCGUGGCCUCUUACGCACCCACAUGGGGCCCAGUUUCCUGGAUUUACCCACCUGAGCUCUUCCCCCUGCGCGUUCGAGGUAAGGCCGUUGCACUGUGCACGUCCGCCAACUGGAUCUUCAACUUUGCACUCGCCUACUUCGUGCCACCGGCUUUUGCAAACAUCCGUUGGGAGGUUUAUGUGGUCUUCGCUGUCUUCUGCGCUAGCAUGUUCCUCCACGUCCUAUUCCUGUUCCCGGAAACUAGUCAAAAGAUUCUCGAAGAGGUGGAAGAGAUCUUCGACGACUCCACGCCUGGCAGCAUCAAGUACAUCGGGACCCCUGCUUGGAAGACACAUGUCGACAGGACUGUUGUGCGCCUGGAGAGAGGAGAGUUUGAUGCUGAGGAGAAAUUUGCGAUAAGAGCCAGUCAUGACAACAGGUCUCCAGAGAGAGUUGAGGAGGUUGCACCGAAGGUAGCUUAGGACUGAAUGAAGUAUGGAAUUUUGGCUUCGAGGGGAGUUGAACAAUCAACGAUACGGCUAUGUUCUGCCAGUAAUAGUGAGACACAAUUCGAUGCCUUUCUUUGUCUGCAUUUGCUGCAAAUCUCCAAUUGGCUCCAGUCUUGUCUCGUAUUCCAGAUUAUCAGUAGGACGGCGGCUCCAACCACAUCUU